CUUUACCAAAGAGCUAGGACUGUAGCAGCGAAAGGCCUUUUUGUAGUACGUGAGCGUAUUUUUCCAAAUAUAUUUGUUCUCCAGCUACGACCAUGGAACCUGGCGAUGCAGGUCGAGGAGGAUGGAGGUCCAAGCCUAUCCAGCCACAGAAAAGCAAGAUGAAUAUGAAUAUUCUCCGCCAAGAGAAGCUGAUAGCUCAGAAGAAGAAGGAGAUUGAGGCCAGAUUGGCAGAAAAGGCAAAAGUGACCGUGCAAACACCAAGCAAACCCCUGCCUCAAAGUUUCCCCAUCCUUCAAGGACCUUCCUCAAACAAGUUUGUAAAUGAUGGAAGCUUCCUACAGCAGUUCAUAAGGAUGCAUAAGGACAAACCCAACAGUGGUCCUACCAGUGAUAACAAAACUCCAAUAACCUCGACUUCAUCGCCAGCAGGAAACGCACUGCAGAAAAAGAGCAUUCUUGUUGGCAAGCGGCCUGGCCUUGGAGUCAGUAGCAUGCUUAGUCAGUUUAAAAACUACUCCCACUCAAAGAAGAAUCCUGUUCUUAGCCAGAGGCCAAGUGUAUUUUGUUCUCCUGAUGAGGAUGAGGAGGAGGAGGAGGAGGAUUACUCCAGAUACUUAGAAAUGAAAGUCUCCCCCCCAGAGGAUUCAGACACCAGACUCAUUAUCGACAAGAUGGCCUCUUUUGUGGCAGAGGGAGGAGCUGAGCUGGAGAGAAAGGCCAAGGAAGACUACAAGGACAAUCCUAUUUUCUCAUUUUUAUAUGAUAAGAGCAGCAUGGAGUUUCUCUACUACAAAAAUAGAGUUGCAGAAUUGAGAAGAGAUUUGCUAGGACCUGAUAACGCGUCGGAUAAUGUCUCCCCCCCAGUGGACGCGGAAACCCAGCAGUUGGCUGAGAAGCUGGCCAGGUUUGUGGCGGAGGGCGGCCCCGAAGUGGAAGCCAUCGCUGCUGAGCGUAACCGGGAAAACCCCGCCUUCAGUUUUUUAUAUGACUAUCGAAGUCCAGCCCACCGCCUCUACAAAGAGAAACUGCAGGAGUAUCGUGCUGCAGCCUCGCAGAGCUCCUCCCCUCCAGCAGCAGAGUCGGGGACAGAUCUUCAGCGGCCGUCUGCUCCAGCUUUAUAUGGAAACCCUCCACAUCUGAACUCGGCUUCUCAACCCCACACUCAGGAGGCAGGAACUCCGCCCGUGAAACGAAAGAGAAAGAGUCGAUGGGGGUCUGAGGACGACAAAGUGGAGAUGCACAUUCCUCACAUCAAUAUUCCUCAGUGCAUUCCUGUUGCAGACCCUGACAUGCCAUGUCUCUCUGUCCAGGAUCUGAGAGGUCUUGGUUAUAAGAAGGGGAAGCCUCAGGGUCUGGUGGGAGUGACAGAACUAUCUGAUGACCAGAAGAUACAAAUCAAAGAACAACAAGAUAUGCAAGAGAUGUACGACAUGAUCAUGAAGCACAAGCGUGCGAUGGCGGAGAUGCAGGUAGUGUGGGAGAAGGCCAUCAGAGAGCACCAACAUGAAUACGACAGUGAUGAAGAAGUUGACCAGAAUGCAGGCACCUGGGAGCAUAACCUACGUAAACAGGAAAUGGAGAAGACCCGUGAGUGGGCAGAAUCUCUGACAGAUUUGGGUAAAGGGAAACAUUUUAUUGGUGACUUCCUGCCCCCUGAGGAACUGGAUAAGUUCAUGGAGACCUUCAAGGCACUCAAGGAGGGCCGUGACCCAGACCUCUCAGAGUACAAAGAGUUUAAGUUGACGGUGGAGAAUCUUGGUUUCCGGAUGCUUAUGAAGAUGGGCUGGAAGGAAGGAGAUGGCCUGGGAAGUGAUGGACAGGGCAUCAGGGCUCCUGUCAACAAGGGAACCACGGCUAUGAACGGAGCAGGCUUUGGAGUUGACCGUCCCGCUGUGCUCACCAGAAAUGACGAUGAAUACGAUGCUUUUAGGAAGAGGAUGAUGCUUGCUUACCGCUUCAGGCCCAACCCACUGAAUAACCCACGACGACCAUAUUACUGAUGUAAAGGGCUGUUUAUGUAUUUGCUUGUUCUUGUUUAUUAUAACUUAAAAGCCGGUUUCUUUAACUGCCACAGCUCUACUUGCUUGAGAAAUGGACACUGUUGCACAGUAGACAUUUUUAAAUUUGAAGUGUGUGACAAGUAGAAAGAUUGUUAUACUGUCAAGAAGAUUGGUAUAUUGUUUUAAGGUUUUGUUAAAAAAAAGAAGAAAUUUUGUUUUUUUUUAAAUAACUAUUCACCAGUUUUGUUACAUUUCAAUUUAAUACUGUAAAGAUGUAACAUAUACUUGCAUCGUCUGACUUCCAGAAGGAUUUUCUCACUUCAGUUUGUGUUACCAUUGUGUUGUUCACUUCAGAGCUUGACUUGACUUUGCAUUCCCAACUAUAUAACACUGUUCUGCUGUAGUACACAAUCUUUUGUAUGCAUUUUUGAUUGCCUUUGAUGUCUCUCACUGUGCUAUAACUAAUCUCUGAAUCGUGUCAUAUGCUCCAGUGUUCACAAUAAAAAGAGAAGUCCACUUACUGAAAUGUA